AAAAUCUAUUGAUCCCAAAUAAAAAAUGGCGAAUCAUAGAUUUCAAAGCCUAAAAUGGUGGCGAAAAUUGACAAGAAGAGAGUGGACUAUUGCAGCAGCUUCAUUGUCUAUUCUAUUUUUUACACUUUCCUUCAUCACUCACUCUAACAGAUACUCUAAUAAUUCAAUGACUCCUCCUAGCGAUUUGAUACCCUUUACCCCUUUAAGCAAUGCCCAACAAAAAUCUGCCUUUUGUUUAGAUGGAAGCUUACCUGGGUAUCAUUUGCAGAAGGGUUUUGGAUCUGGGUCUGAUAAAUGGGUUCUUCACAUUGAGGGUGGAGGCUGGUGUAACUCAAUAGAAACAUGUUCUUUUCGCCAGACAACAAAGUUGGGCUCCUCGAGGUUCAUGGAGCAUGAAGUUCAGUUUUUUGGGAUUUUGAGCUCUGACCCAUCACAAAAUCCGGAUUUCUUCGACUGGAACAAAGUCAAGAUACGCUAUUGCGAUGGUGGAUCCUUUUCUGGACACCCAGACAGUGAAUUUAAAAAUGGAACAGAAUUCUUUUUCAGAGGCCAGGUUAUUUGGGAAGCAGUAAUGGAUGAACUCUUGUCAAUAGGACUUUCUAAUGCUAAAAAGGCACUUCUUUCGGGAUGUUCCGCUGGAGGUCUGGCAACUCUCAUACACUGCGAUGACUUUCGAGAGAUUUUACCCAAGGAUGCCAAUGUCAAGUGCCUUGUUGAUGCAGGUUUUUUCCUUAAUGAAAAGGACGUUGCUGGAAGUCCCACCAUUGAGCGAUUUUAUCAAGAUGUUGUUAACCUCCAGGGUGUGGCAAAAAGCUUAAAGAAGGAUUGCACAUCAAGAUUGAAACCCUACAAGUGUUUUUUCCCUCAAGAAUUUAUAAGCAACAUAAAGACCCCUGUUUUCCUUGUUCAACCAGGAUAUGAUUUUUGGCAAAUACAAAACAUCUUGGUACCUCGUUCAUCAGAUCCACAUCGAAGUUGGUUCAGAUGCAAGCUAAAUAUUAACAACUGUAAUUCCAAACAGCUUGAAGUCCUGCAAGAUUUCCGAAAUUCUUUGCUCAAAACGCUUGAUGGAUUUCACAAAAAUCCUGAAGGAGGCAUGUUCAUAAAUUCUUGCUUUAUACAUUGCCAAACAUGGGUGACUGAGACAUGGCAUUCUCCUCGUUCUCCAAAAAUCAAUAACAAAACAAUUGCAGAGGCUGUAGGAGACUGGUAUUUCAACCGAGAAGAGGCAAAACAUAUUGAUUGUCCAUUUCCAUGCAAUCCUACUUGCUAUCACAUGAAUUUUACUCAAGGAUGACAGGCCGGUUGCUGCAGGUUUACUGAUAUCUUAUGUUAUGCUCUCCAUUUAACCGUACUUUGUGGCACAUUUUUAUGCAAAUAUGAGAAACUAUAAUUCAGGCAGACAACAUGAAGGUAUGCAGCCAGAGUAUUCUUGUUUUUUCUCUACAUAUUGAGCAAUCGAGCAUUCUGGAAUCAACGGUUAAUAGUGAACCUCAUUUGCCAUAAUUUUAGUCUGGAGUUUAUCUGUAACCAUUUUUUCCCUUUUGAGAUCAACAACUUCAUUUCAAACUUCAAACUGCUGUUCCUUUAGCUUCUUUUUUGCCAGAGUUCAUUUACAUAAAUAUUUUUUUUUCUUCAGAUUAUAGGUUUUUACACCUUUCUCUUUCUCUCUUUUUUUUUGUAUAAAUUCCCAGCAUCAAACAUUUCCAGAAUUAUUCGAGAGAGAUCGAUUCGUAUUUACUUAAAUUCUGCAGAAAUACAAGCAAGGUAAUGUGA